AUGCAAGUAGAAAUCGAAAAAGCGAAGUUGACAUUCGAAGAGUGCAAAAGCAAAAAGAUCGAGUGCAAUGAUUCGCGCCUCCCUCCAGCAACUCCGUCAAAGUCGAUUCAAACACCGAAACUCAAGCUGAGCGAGUUUCUUGAAAUCAUGGAGGAGGGCCACGGCUCCUGUGAAGGGAAGCUGAAUCAUUAUCACCAAGCAAAAAUGCUUUACGAAACUGGAUCUUGGGCCAUGGACGCUCAGACGAACGGAUUCUGCAGAAAAAUAAGAGACAGAAUUCUGAGCAUGGAGCUCGACACAAAAGUUCCAAUCAAAUGA